AUGACAUUCAUCACUGUUUUCGCCGGCCCCAUCGGCCUGACCAAUGUGGGCUGGAAAUUCUGGCCGUGGGUGCUCAGCGGCAACAUCAUGGCCGUGGCAUUUGUCUUCUUUCUGUGUCCCGAGACGGGCGGCAAGACGCUUGAGCAGGUCGACUUCUUAUUCUCCAAGAGCGAGUUCGUUGCGGGCAUGAAGAAGGCCGAAGCCGCGCACGACCUGGAUGAAGAGGAGGGAAAUGGGAAUGAGCGCUGGAUCGAGCUGCAGGGUAAAGCUGCAGAGCAGCGCGUCGAGGUCAAGGGUUAG